AUGAAAUCCAUCCAAGUUACGGCCCCGGGCGUGGUAUCAUGGGUUGAGAUUCCCAAGCCAGAAGCCGGACCUGAUGAUGUGCUGCUGAAGAUGAGGGCAUGCGGCAUCUGCGGUUCAGACAGCAUAUACACGGAGCACGGCGGCAUUCCCCCUCGCCAAGGCUGCACACCUCUCGGCCACGAGCCAGCCGCCGAGGUCAUUGCCGUUGGGGCGAACCUAAAGUUUCCGGGUAUCGAGGUCGGAGAACAUGUCGUGAUAAAUACUAUGGCCCUCACGGAUGGAUUUAUCGGUUCGGGUGGUGCACAGGGUGGGCUGAGCGAAUUUGUCGUGAUGUACGGCUACGAACCAGGCAAACAGCUCAAGAAGAUCCCAAAAGACAUCCCAUGGCACGUCGCUGCGCUGAAUGAGCCCAUGGCAGUGGCGUUGCAUGCUGUCAACAGGACAAAUCCCAAGCCGGGAUACAAAGUCGUCGUCUUUGGCGCCGGGCCGAUCGGCCUGGGCGCUGUUCUGGGCUAUCGACGAAAGGGGGCAAGUCAUAUUGUCGUGGUGGAUGUCGUUCAGUCGAGACUUGAGACAGCACUCCUAGUCGGUGCCGACGCCGUAGUCAACUCGGCGGAAGUGGGUGGCCUUGCUGCGAAGCUGGUCGAGUUGUACGGCGACGGCGCCACGGCCUGGAACCGAGGGACCCGACCGGCGACAGACAUAUUUCUCGAUGCGGCCGGUGCGCCGUCGGUUCCUGCUCAGGUCUGUGGUAUGGCAAAGCACGAGGCUACAUUUGGGAUUGUAGGAGUGCACAAGAAAACGACCGAGUUGGAUCUCGGACGGCUCAUCUCGACAGAGCUCAACAUCGUGUUUAGCAUGGGGUAUGCUAUGGAAAUAUUUGAGGUUACGGACGAUAUCAUCGAGAACUGUGAGAGGUAUGAAGAGAUUGUUAGCGACCAGAUACCAUUCGCAAGGGCUGUCGACGCACUUGAAUUGGCCAGAUCUGGGAAGGCCAACAAGGUUAUUGUCGUGUUUGAAUAA